AUGGAGACGUAUAAUGAGCACACAACAGAGGGCAAUUCAGAGAUAGAAAGAGAUUUAGAGCAUAGCCAUGGCAAAACAUGGAGUGUCAAAAUGGAAGAAUUGAUCAAGGCCAAGGAACAACUCAAGAAAGCUAAAGACAGCACCAUGCAGUCAUGGCUAGACUCCAAACCUCUCAUCGAUGAACUCGAAAGGUUGAAGUCCAGCUUCGCAGCUGCUGAAAACCGACGUACUAAGUCGGUUACUGUCAUCUCGGAGCUAGAAUCACAGCUUGAAAGUAUCAACAAGAGCAUCAGAUCCAAAAAGGAUGAAGAGCUCAGAGCCACGGAGAUGAUCAAUGACAGAAAUCAGGCACUGGAUCAAAUUCGCGAAGAGAUGGAAAGGAUGAAGCAGGAUGAAGAGGAUGAACGACAAUCAAGAAUAAAAUUGAAGCAAACUCUGAGGAUAAAAAGACAUACUCUUAGGUCUUUGCAACUAGCACUCCGUGCUGUACGAAUGGAAACUGAAGCUUAUAGUGCAUCUGCAGCAGAAGCACUUCGGUACAUAAAAUGUAUAGAAAUGGAAAAUACCAAUGUCCAACUCACUCGGGAAGACUACCGUGCCUUGUCGAAAAAAGCCGAAGAUGAAAAUUCCCUUGCAGCUUGGCGUAUUUCGGUUUCCAUGGAGCAGAAGCUUGCAGCUGAGGCAACCCGAGACAUAGCUUUGGCGAAACUGAAAGAACUACAGUCUGGAAAGAGAACGAGGGGAAGGGAACUUAGAAAAGGAAAAGAAAUCGGAAAAGGAGACGAAGAAGGUACUAGCACUAGAGUGGAAGUGGAAGCACAAGUUGAUAACAUCGGGGAGGUUACAAGUCCUAAAGUUGCAGCCAAAUCAACAGCUCGGGCCAGUCAGGCGAAACCACGACCAAAGAAGAGAAGAUCAAAAAGAAAUAAAAAUAAAAAAAUGGUUGCAAAAAAGAAACUGUCAAUUUUCAGUAAACUAAGACUCUGUCUUUUAAAUGUAAGGAAAUUGUUUCAGUGA